CCUUGGCGACCCAAGCCAAUCGGGAGGCGGCGGGCGAUUCCCCAGGCUGCUUAGGCGGCGGUGGCAGGCGACCGGAGCGGGCGGCGGUGGCAGGCGACCGGAGCCCUCGGCCCUCCCCGCGCGGCGCGGCACCAUGGAGCCCGCCGUGUCGCUGGCCGUGUGCGCGCUGCUCUUCCUGCUCUGGGUGCGCCUGAAGGGGCUGGAGUUCGUGCUCAUCCACCAGCGCUGGGUAUUCGUGUGCCUCUUCCUCCUGCCACUCUCGCUUAUCUUCGACAUCUACUACUACGUGCGCGCCUGGGUGGUGUUCAAGCUCAGCAGCGCGCCGCGCCUGCACGAGCAGCGCGUGCGGGACAUCCAGAAGCAGGUGCGGGAAUGGAAGGAACAGGGCAGCAAGACCUUCAUGUGCACAGGGCGCCCUGGCUGGCUCACCAUCUCACUGCGGGUCGGGAAGUACAAGAAGACACACAAAAACAUCAUGAUCAACCUGAUGGACAUUCUGGAGGUGGACACCGAGAAACAGAUUGUCCGUGUGGAGCCCCUGGUGUCCAUGGGUCAGGUGACCGCCCUGCUGACCUCCAUUGGCUGGACCCUGCCUGUGUUGCCUGAGCUCGAUGACCUCACAGUGGGGGGCUUGAUCAUGGGCACAGGCAUAGAGUCAUCAUCUCACAAGUAUGGCCUAUUCCAACACAUCUGCACCGCCUACGAGCUGGUCCUGGCCGAUGGCAGCUUUGUGCGAUGCACGCCGACCGAAAACUCAGACCUGUUCUACGCUGUGCCCUGGUCCUGUGGGACCCUGGGCUUCCUGGUGGCUGCUGAGAUCCGCAUCAUCCCUGCCAAGAAGUAUGUCAAGCUGCGGUUUGAGCCGGUGCGGGGCCUGGAGGCCAUCUGUGAAAAAUUCACCCAAGAGUCCCAGCGGCCGGAGAACCACUUCAUUGAAGGGCUGCUCUACUCCCUGGAUGAGGCUGUCAUCAUGACGGGUGUCAUGACAGACGAGGCAGAGCCCAGCAAGCUGAAUAGCAUUGGCAAUUACUACAAGCCGUGGUUCUUCAAGCACGUGGAGAAUUACCUGAAGACAAACCAAGAGGGCCUGGAGUACGUUCCCUUGAGACACUACUACCACCGCCACACGCGCAGCAUCUUCUGGGAGCUCCGGGACAUCAUCCCCUUCGGCAACAACCCGAUCUUCCGCUACCUCUUUGGAUGGAUGGUACCUCCCAAGAUCUCCCUCCUGAAGCUGACUCAAGGCGAGACCCUGCGCAAGCUGUACGAGCAGCACCACGUGGUGCAGGACAUGCUGGUGCCCAUGAAGUCCCUGCCGCGGGCCCUGAACACCUUCCACAAUGACAUCCACGUCUACCCCAUCUGGCUGUGCCCAUUCAUCCUGCCCAGCCAGCCAGGCCUGGUGCACCCCAAGGGAGAUGAGACCGAGCUCUACGUUGACAUCGGGGCGUACGGGGAGCCACGCGUGAAACACUUUGAAGCCAGGUCCUGCAUGAGGCAGCUGGAGAAGUUCGUCCGGAGCGUGCACGGGUUCCAGAUGCUGUAUGCCGACUGCUACAUGAACCGGGAGGAGUUCUGGGAGAUGUUUGAUGGCUCCUUGUACCAUGAGCUGCGGGAGAAGCUCGGCUGCCAGGACGCCUUCCCCGAGGUGUACGACAAGAUCUGCAAGGCCGCCAGGCACUGAGCUGGAGCCGCCUGGAAAGACAGACACGUGUGGGCGGACAGGCAUCGUCCCUUCACUCUAGCUUGGCUGCUUUCCCAGAUCCACACUUUCCAAAAGAAACCCCUCCAGAAACCACACCCACACAGCCCAGCGCCUUCCUCUGGGCUUCAGGGGCAGCCCAGUGGGGCAGAAAGAACAGUUUAGCACUUAUAAGCUGUGGGACCCUGGGGAAGUCCCUUGGCCCCUCUCAGCCCAGGUCUCUUCAUCUGUGAAAGGGGACAGUAAUACUGGCCUGCAGGUUGUCACCAUCCCAGUCAAGCACCUGUUACCCCGACAGAGCUGGGUAAGUGGUGGCUGUUACUCUGGCUUCCCAUUCAGCAUCACAUCUGACGAAAGUGCUUUGGAGUCAGCAUAUGAGUCUGAAAGGCUCCAUAUUAGGUCACCUGUGCCCAGACUUGGCUGGAAUGAUGACGGGGAUGCCCUGGGGCAGGCCCAAGACAUGCCGUGCCAAAGCCAGGCCCGAUUCCAAAGUUCUCUCUGCCAUCCUUGGUGACAUUCUGCCCUUCCUCGUUCACAUCUGGCUUGCAGGCCCACCCCAGCCACUGCUGGGUACACUCAGAGAGGACUGAGUUCCUGGAGGAGGCAUUUCAGGGCUGAAUCCUGUCCCAGCUUUGGCCUGGGAUGCCCAGGUAGAGAAAGUGGUCUCCGCUCUGAAUCGGAUCCAGGGACCUGGGCUCAUUCUUCCUGGCUUGCCAACGCUCCAAGCCUCCUCUUGUCCCCAGAAGCCACGUAGUCAUGGUGGGAGUGGGUCCGUGCUGCUCUUUGGGGGGCUGGGGUGGCCCACAUCAAGUGGGAAAAUGGAGUCCACCACCAUUGUGUUCCCGUGAGGUUCUCACUGCAGGGCUGAAAGGAAAGAGCAUCAGCUUGAUUUCUGCAACCACUCAUCUCUCUUUUGUUCUUUCUCCCACCAACACCCUUCCCCCAGCUGUAGUUAAUUUCAGUGCCUUACAAAUCCUAAGCUCAGAGAAAAGUUAGCUCGUUUCUGUUCCAGAGGGAAGGGAACCUCCCUGGGCCCUCCCCGUCUUGUUAUCAAAGCUUGAUUGUUUAUGCAACUCCAUCUUAAGAACUGCCUGGCCUCAGCUGCAACCAGAAUCUGAGAAGGAAUCGUGUCAUGCAGGGAAGCUGGAAUCAGGGAGCCAGCCAGGCGCAGCUGCAGCGUGCGAGUCAGGAGACCUGGGUUUCAGCCCCACCCCACUGUCAGGGAGCCGCCACGUUGGGCAGGUCGUUUGUCCCUCUGAGCUGCAGUUUCCUCAUCUGUCACAGCAGUACAGACAAGACCUCCCUGGAGCCCUGCUGACUGUCCUAGGCUGUCCUGUGGUUGCAAAACCCCUGAAAAGCCUCAUUGUGUUGAAAGUCAGAGAACAAAUACAUGAUCCAGGUGGAUAUGUCAGAGUUGUCCAUCAUUCAAGGUCCUUCCUUCAGCCCCAAGGCCAGUUCCCAUCUCAUUUUCAGAAAGGUUCAUCUCUGGCUUGCAGGCAAGUGUCAGUCUUGUCGCUCCAGGUGCCAGAGUCCUCUUGGAAUCAUGCUUCUGCUGAAGGAUGCUCAUGCGUUCCCCCCAGGGCUUGGCACACUGAGGAGUCCUGGCCUGGUCCUGUGAGGGCUGGUGCAUCCAUGGCACUCAAAAGGCAAAGGAACCGCCCUUACCCACUGGGCUGCCGAAGGGGGCAGAAAAAAAAAAUGGACCUCAUUGUCUAGUUUGCAAAGCACGGAAAUUCUGGCAUUAGCUCACGCAGGCCCCUGUGCUUUCUGCUCAGUGCGAAACUGAUGAUUCUACUCCCUGUAGAUGAAUGGUUAGCACAAACUAGGUUAAUCCAGCUACUGAAGUGCCACCAUUUCGCCAGUGGAGCCUAAGUCCCUGGGGCUGUGGCCAGAAAUGGCAGCAGCCUCUGUCGCCCUUAGUCCCAUAACCAAAAUCCAGGCUUUCCCAGACCUCGCCCACAGUCUGGGGCUUGGAAGAGAAAGUAUCUUGGAACCACAGCAGCCUCAGGUUAAUGUUGCUCCGCUGGCCUGGAAAGAGGCCGCCCCUCCAGCGUGAUGAGCUGAGUCGGCAGCUUCUGCUUGUAGCCAGGCCUGUCGCUGUCCAUGCACACGGUGACGGUGCAGUUACAUUUGGUGCCAGGGGGCAGUGCAUGUGGAAAGAAAGUACCAGAGUAGACCUCUCCCCUCCAGGGCUCCGAGUUUCUUGGCUGCAUGACGGUUUUCUGUGAAAUCAAAAUUGUAGCCAGUUUCUUUGGCGGGAAGGAUGGGGAGGGGGGAGGGGAAUGGGUGUGGCAGUGUGUGGUGUGUGAUUUUCAUUUUUUUCUUUGGUCAUGGGGACCAAGGAGAAAGGCAUGAAUCUCCCCUCUCAGGCUCUUGCAGCUACAGGCACAUGUCCCAGUGGCUGUGAGGCUGCUGCUUCUGAAAAAAUAAAAGUAUGGCUUGGAAGCUA